AUGCUAGCUGCUGUUGUUGGGAAAGUUUCGCUACUAUGUGAGUGUGUAGCUGGAACCGUCAUCAUUGCGUCGGAGUGGAGUUGCCGAAGCAGCCCUGAUGGGGCGCAGGAGGAGAGCGGGAACGGAGAGGGACUGGCAGAUGGGGCUGACCGUGGAUUGGAUGGCGACCCUGAAGGCGUCUGGAGUCCAGACAUCGAGCAGAGCUUUCAAGAAGCGCUGGCCAUCUACCCUCCUUGUGGGAGGAGAAAGAUCAUACUUUCAGAUGAGGGCAAGAUGUAUGGUCGAAAUGAGCUGAUAGCUCGCUAUAUAAAGCUUCGAACUGGAAAGACACGUACUCGCAAACAGGUAUCUAGUCACAUUCAAGUUUUGGCACGUAAGCGGGUACGUGAAUACCAGGCGAGCAUCAAGGCCAUGAACUUGGAUCAGGUAUCCAAAGAUAAGGCACUCCAGACAGUGGCCAACCUGUCGUCGGCUCAGAUUGUGUCAGCGAGUGUAAUGAAACCUCAGACUCCCUUCCCUCCACCAGUCAGAUACUGGCCCGGCCCUGUCCCAGGACAGCCUGGACAUUCUCAGGACAUCAAGCCCUUUGCACAGCCUCCGUACACUACACUACCAGCGCCUGUCCCUCCACCAAUCAGUUAUGAGACGUUGCCACCACCUCGGCCUACAGCAAUCGCUGCUCCUGUAUGGCAAGACAGAACCAUUGCUUCUGCAAAACUACGUUUACUCGAGUACUCUGCUUUUAUGGAGUCUCAAAAAGACAGAGAGACGUAUAAACACCUUUUUGUUCACAUUGGACCAUCAAAUCCAGGCUACAGCGACCCGGUUUUGGAGUCUAUAGAUGUGAGACAGAUUUACGACAAGUUCUCAGAAAAGAAAGGCGGCCUGAAGGAGCUAUACGAAAAGGGUCCUCACAAUGCGUUCUUUCUCGUUAAGUUCUGGGCGGAUCUGAGCGGUGACAUUGAGGAGGGCCCUAGUGCAUUUUAUGGAGUGAGCAGCCAGUACAGUGGGACCGAAGGCAUCUCCAUCAGUGUUUCCACAAAGGUUUGCUCCUUCGGAAAACAGGUGGUGGAGAAAGUUGAGACAGAAUUUGGUCUAUUAGAGGGAGGAAAGUACAUGUUCCGCAUCCAUCGUUCACCUAUGUGUGAAUACAUGAUCAACUUUAUCCACAAACUCAAGCAUCUCCCAGAGAAAUACAUGAUGAACAGUGUACUUGAGAACUUCACCAUCCUGCAGGUGGUGUCCAACAGAGAGACCCAGGAGACUCUGCUGUGCAUUGCCUUCGUGUUUGAAGUGUCCACAAGCGAACAUGGAGCUCAGUACCAUGUGUAUCGCCUUGUUAAUGACUAGCAGCAUAUCUGGUGCAAAGACUCAUCUGACUUUUGAU